AAAAUACUAGGAAUCAUAUGCUAAUGCUUUACUUCACUUUGAAAUGUUGCCAUUCUUUACUUAAGGAUCCCCCCCUCUCACUCUAUAGUUCAAUCCCAAAAACAAACAUGAUAAACUGCACAUUCUUUAGCAAAGACAGUAGGAGAUCGCGAGUACGAGUGGGACCAUGUGGCGAUGGAAUUGCCAGCAAGUUUAUCCCAUCUUGUGUUGCUCCAAUUCUUCGUGUUGCCGAUGAAAUUGAGAAGGAGAAUGAGAGAGUUGCUUUCUUGUGCCGAUUUUGUGCACUCGAGAAGUUCCACAGAAUGUAUCCUGAUACUAGGGAACAUGGUGAUCUCCUAUUUAAAUGCUACAUACUAUAUAGAGUUCAGAAGGAAGAUAUAAUGACAAAGAAUCAAUUAGCAAAAACUGAUCCCAGGGAAAUCCAAAUAUUCUACCAAAACUUUUAUGAGAAAAACAUUAGAGAAGGCCAAUACACAAAGAAACCAGAAGAAAUGGCUAAGAUCUAUCAGAUUGCAACGGUUUUGUAUGAUGCACUGACCACGAUAAUACGUCCUUCAAAAGUCGAGCAGAAGACUCGACGAUAUGCGAAAGACGUAGAGGAAAAGAAAGAACAGUAUGAGCGUACUAUAAACCUUGUGUUACUACUUAAGAAGCAGGUUUUAAUGAUUGUUAAAAGAUGUUUUGAGGGGAAAACACUAUAUAUAUAAAAGGACGUCGGGUGCGGAUCAUGGAGGUGGAAUCCGGUUUUGCAUUGGAAAUGGGUCGUCAGGAAGUUUAAUAUUUAGUCACAUGUUUUUACAUUAACAAGUUGAUGAGAAAUUUCUGAAAUUGGCAUGAAGAAAAUCGAA